UUAGGAUGGGAGAGGGAGAGGAAAAUAGAAAGGUUACAAUUAUCAUAGUUAUGAUAGUCAUUAAAAAAAAGAUCAACUUAUCGAGAGAGAAAAGAAUCGAGGGGAAACUGCAUCGGACAAAAAAUCGGCCGAUCGAGAGUGCCUAACCUAAUUAUCGAUUCCUGCGAUUAAUCACGAAAUGUCACCCGUUCCCGGUGCAGUCCCGGUGCAGCAAAGUACAGCUACGAGAGACGGAGCUCCGAUUAACCUGUGCAAUAUAACUGUCAGUAGACCAGUCAUACGUUUUGUUCCCUUGAACUUCGGAAGAAGAGGAUCCUUGGAGGCUUCCCGGGCUUCUUCGUAGUUCAAAAUACGGUGUCAUUUUCAGAUUUCCUGCCCCGUGAUUGUGAUGAACAGUGGGUGAGAAGUAGAACGACGAGCGUCUCUGAGUUACCCCGGAACGCGAGCGGAGGUUAAGCGUGGCACAGCUGAUGUGUUCGUCUGGCCGGAAUUGACGAGUUCAGCGCGAGGAUGUCGUACAAGGUCGGCCAGCGCGUCGAGGUGCCGGUGAAGGAAUGCCAGGGUGUGAUAGCCUAUGUCGGCUUCCCGUCCUUCGCGUCGGGCAAGUGGAUCGGGGUGAUACUCGACGAGCCGAAGGGCAAGAACAACGGCACCGUCAAGGGCAAGAUGUACUUCAACUGCGCGGAAAAUUACGGCAUGUUCGCGCGGCAAGCGCAGCUUAUCUUGCUGGAUGAAGCUGGCAACAGAACCGAACCGGUCAGUCCGUCAUCGGCAGGCAGCAAUGCCACAACGCCCGACGACAGUGGUCCUGCGAGAGCCAGGAGUCGCCUGAACAGCAUUAGUACACGUCGAAGGAAUGAGCCUACAGCUUCUCGAUUGUCUCUGACCGGAAGUAGAACGUUGUUAAGUGCCCCAAGCACAGAGAGCCUGUCCGGAUCGCUGCAUGAGCGUAGGGACGGCGGCGAGUCGUUGAUUCCGGCGCCGACCUCCACGAAACGCGCUUCAUUCAUCGAGAAGUCCCCUAGCACGAGCUCGCCUCCCGGCAAAAAGCCAAAGGCCCAAGAUGAUCACAAUAAUACAGGUUUUGUAGAAACGCUGAAGCCGCAGUUCGUACCCGGUCAAGCGAUGGCAGGCUCGGCCGUGGUAGCCGCGAACCUGAUGGAAGAGAAACUGUCGCACAUGCAGCUCGCGCAAGAGAACGACAACUUGAAGUCUCAGGUGCACGAUCUCACCGAGAAAGUGGAGACGCUGCGCGUGAAACGGAUGCAGGACAAGGAACGGAUGAAAGACUUCGAGAAGACGAAACUUCAGAUAGAGCAACUGAUCGAGUUCAAGACUAAAGUCAUGGAAAGCCAGGCAAGCCUUCAGAGAGAUCUUCAACGGGCCCGACAAGAAGCUCGAGAAGCUCACGCGGCGAGAGAGCAGUUCCAGGAGGAAAUGGCCGAUCUUGCGGAGACGGUGGAAAUGGCCACGCUGGACAAGGAAAUGGCCGAAGAGAAGGCUGAGACGCUUCAGAUCGAGCUGGAGCAGCUCAAGGACAAGCUGGAGGAGCAGACGCUGGAUCUCGAGAUAUUACGCACGGAAAUGUCCGAGAGGGCGGCCGGCGGUGGCUCGGCGACAGGAGCCUCGAGCUACGAGAUCAAGCAGCUGGAGCAGCAGAACAGCAGAUUGCGCGAGACGCUCGUGAGGAUGCGCGACUUGUCGGCGCACGAGAAGCACGAGUUCCAGAAACUGCAGAAAGACAUGGACCAGAAGAAGUCCGAGAUCAUGGAGCUGGGCCGCACGAAGGAGAAGUUGUCGGCGCGCGUCGAGGAGAUGGAACACCAAAUCGCGGAUCUGCAGGAGCAGGUCGACGCGGCGCUGGGAGCCGAAGAGAUGGUCGAGAUGCUGGGGGAGAAGAAGAUGGCGCUGGAGGAGAAGGUGGCCGAGCUGCAGGAAGCUGUCUCGGACUUGGAAGCUUUGCAGGAUAUGUCCGACCAACUGGCCGAGUCGUCGAAAGAACUGGAGCUGGAGCUGCGCGAGGAACUGGAUCUCGCCCUCGGGGCGGCGCGUGACGCCCAACGGCACCGGGACGCCGCGCUGGAGACGCUCGCGGAUCGCGAGUUGACUAUCGUGAAGUUCCGCGAGCUCACGCAUCAGAUGCAGGAACAGUACCUGCAGUUGCAGCAGCGCGUGCAGUCGACCGAGUCCACGAAAACCAACGUUCGAGGCGCGGACCAGCAGCUGGCGGAGAUACUGGACUUCCAGAAGACGUUCGCCGAGACCCGAGCGCAAACGAAGGCGGUGGACCUCGAGUUGCGCCGUUUGGACGCGGACGAGGCGCGGAACCACGUCUGCCACCUGCUGUCCUUCAUGCCGCCCGCGUUCCUGGCACGCGGCGGCGACCACGACGCGAUACUCAUGCUCCUACUGAUACCGAGGAUGACGCAGAAAACGGAGAUACUGAUCUCGCAAGUGCGGGAGAAGUACAGGUCGAUCGAGAAGAUAGACCGGGCUUCCGUAAUAAGAGGCCACUCGGUGGCGCAGUAUUCGUUCAGAUCACGCCUGUGCUCGCACAUGUACUCCCUGCAGACCGCGUUGAGCUGCUUCGAGUCGGUGUUGAACUCGUGCAGCCCGGAGAUGCUGCUCAAAGCGGGCAACGCUUACCCGGAGAUGGCGGCGCAGGAGAAGUCCCUGGACUCGCUGAUCGAGCUGGCGAAGAGAGAUCAGCUGGACGAGAACCUGCCGAUGGAGGCGAUCGAGAAGUGCUGCGCGUACUUCGCCACGAUGUUCUCCGUGCUCUUCGGCGAGAGCACGGCCGUCAAUCAGGCGCGUCUGAUCGUAAACGGCACGAGGACUCUCGGCAGCGCGUGCGACGCCAUCUCUACCGACGCCACGGCGAUCAAAGCGCUGAUACAGGGCGAGGGUGGUGACAUCGGCCUGCUUUGUCAGCACGUGGAGACGACCUGCGAGGUGAUCCAGCAGCACCUGAAGUCGGCUAGGAGGCGAGUACCGCGCGACCAUGCCGGCCCGGCGUUCUCCGUCGGCGCUAAUUUAGGUCUGGACAAAGAUUGCAACGAACAGUUCUCAACGUCGUACCAGCACGCCGUGAAGAUCGUAAAGACGCUUCAGUAUCUGUUGAAGAGCGCUCUGCAAGCCAUCACCGAAAACGGUGACUUGGACACCGGGCUGCCGGCCGACAAGCUGAAAGAGAUGGCCGCGACGUCGAGCGAGAAAGUGUACGACACCGAGGACUUGGGACCCGUGGCCACCAUCAAGGCGAGCCUGACGGUGAUACAGCAAUUGGCCGCGAAUCUGGCGCAGAAGAUGGCCGAAUGCGAAAACGAGUUGGCCAUAAGCGGACAGACGCAGAACCAGCAGCAGUCUCUGGAGGGCGAGCAACUAACGCCGAUCUUGAUCAGAGCGAACGCGGCGAGGAAGGAAUCGGAGGAGACCAAGAUACUCAGCAGGAAACUCGAGACACGGGACAGCGACAUUCGCGAGGCGAGGUUGGCUUUGCGGGAGAAGCAGGAGGAAUUGUCCGAGAUGACGCUGCGCAAGGAGCUGGCCGAGAAGCGUUUCAUCACGCAGCAGCACGAGCACGAGAUGAACGUUGAGCAGCUGAAGCGAAAACUGGAAGAGGCGCAGAAUCAACUGAAACGCAAGGAGAAGGAAUUCGAAGAGACUAUGGACCACCUGCAGACCGACAUCGACAGCCUGGAGACGGAGAAGGGACAGCUGAAGGAGAAGCUGAAAUCGAUCGGCAAGAAAACACUGUCGACCGUCGGCGCGGACAGCAUCGCCGGCAGCACUUCUCUUACGAGCGCUAUGGACAACAAAUAUUACGUGCAGGAGAUCAAUGCCCUGAGGGAGGCUUUGAGCAACGAGCAUCUGCAGAAGAAGAAGAUAAUGUGCGCGGUUUUGCGCCAGAAGCUGGACAGCCUGGAGCCGUUGUCGUCGCCGACGAGUCUCAAGGCCCUGGACUCGACGAUUCAGGAACUGCGAAAGAAGACCACCGAUCUCGUCAAGGACGUGCAGAAAACUCUGGUAUAUCCGACAGUUCCCGACCUGAGACGCAAAUUGCCCGAGACGUCCUACCAUUACUUACUGGAGCGGCGGAGAAAUAUCAUGCAGCUGAAAGAACGAGCCGACGAGUUGGCGGCCCAGGUACGUCGGGAGGCUAUCAAACGCACACCCGGCGGCAGGGCGGAAGCGAAUUUCGCCGUUUACCCGAAUCGCGAGAUGGCGGCGGCGAUGCGGGAACGCAAGCUGCUCGCUGCCGAGAUCAAGAUCCCUUACAACGGCCCGGAACGAUCGUUCUCCGUCAACGUGGGCACGCAAGAACUUAGGAAAAUUCACACUCUGCUGUACUAUUGAAGUUAGAGGGGAAAGAAAGAAAUCCGCGGGUCGCUUCAUACUAUUUAUUUUCCGUGGCAUGCGAGGAAGUAAGCAUCAAGCACGUCAAAUAUGAGAGAUUAACUUUUUCUCGGAUAGCUCCUCCAUCGAGAUAGUGAUAUUCCGCAGCGUGUCCUGCCGUAUCCUGUCACGCUGUUAGGGAAAGAAAAAGAAAAAAAAAAGAGGAGGAAAGAAUCGAGCGUGUUAUACACAUGUAUAAUAUUAGUCCCGGUUUGCAAUAGAUGCUUUAAGCCUUGAGAAAUUGACAAAUCACAGUCGAAUUAUAGAAGAAAGAUCAGUUAUGAUCGUUAAUUAAGAAUCGAUUAUUCUUCCUACAUUCGAUUGCGAUCGGUCAAUUUCCCAAGGCUUAGAGCUUAAAUUCUCAUUGUAGACCCCGCUUAAUGUUACGGAUCACCUUACGAAUUCUAACUCUUAAGCUUUUAUACAGAGAAUUUGCGUUGCGUCCUUUAAGUGCUGGAAAAUUGAGAUACAGAGGGCGUGUUUAGUAAUUCGUUAUUCGCACUCGUGCAAUGUUUGUUCCUUUGUAUCUGACGGGGGCUGCAGCGCGAUGACCGGCGCAUCGCGGCUGGCAGGCUUCCCAGCGUUCUCUCUCGUUACGUUUAUACAAAUACGCAUAUUGUGUCACGUAGUAUUAACAAUUCAGGAGAGAAAUCGUGCGUGCCUCUCUGGCGGCUUUUCUGUAUUAUAUAUGUCCUUAAGAAUUGUCAAAUAUAUAUAACGAUCGAAAAAUAUUCACACACGAUAAACUUGAGCGCCCACCCUGCGGUCCUGAUUUAGUACUCUACGAUUUUGAUUUGUUUCCUCUUGAAGAAAAAGUGGAAAAUUGGUAGGACGAAGAUUUUCGUGCAUUGAGCUGAGAGCAGCGUGGAAUAGCGCCCAGAAGCCUUCUUAGCCUCCAGAAAAGUGGCGGCCAAUUUCCAACGACCGGUUUGCUCGAAACGGAGAAAUGUGUUGAAUGUAAUGGUAAUUAUUUUGACAGAAUGUAAAUAAAUAAAGCUGUUGCAAAACUUA